UUUCAGAUAAAAAAUGGAGGAUCCUCAGGAGAGUGUUUAUAUUCCACGUGUGAAAACAAUCCAAAGAAUGGCGCUCUACGAGACCAAAUCUAAGUUUUACCUGGUCGGGUCAAACAAUACACAAACAUCUUUCAGAGUGCUGAAAAUUGAUCGAGUAGAAACGAAAAAGCUUGAAGUGUCUGACGACAAAACAAUUUACAAUACAAGAGAAAUACGCGAUCUUCUUACCAUGAUCGAUGUUGGGAAUCGAUCCAAGAUCGGUCAGAAGAUCGGUUCGGGUCUCACCAAAACGGUUUCCGCUUUUGGUCUGGCUGGUUUCGUUCGUUUCCUUGAAGGAUAUUAUAUUAUUCUAAUCACUAAACGGAGAAAAGUUGGAAUUAUUGGUCAUCACACGAUUUACAAGAUUGAGGACACAUUUAUGAUUUAUAUACCGUCAGAUAGUAAGGAGCAGCAUCCAGAUGAACAGAGAUAUUUAAGAAUGUUUCAGGCAACUGAUCUAUCAUCUAACUUCUACUUCUCCUACAGCUAUGAUCUGACCCAUCCUCUCCAGUAUAAUCUCAGUAACCCGGUUAUACUCAACCAACCCUUCCUGAGUAAACCAAUCAGGCUGAGUGAUGUACCGGGAACAGGACAUUAUUCCUAUGUUCCAGAAUACCAAGAGAAAUUUGUCUGGAACCAGUAUCUUCUAAAAGACCUUGACGACAUUGAUGCUGAUUGGAAGCUUCCCAUAAUACAUGGAUUUGUUGACCAAUCUAACGUCAGCAUUUUCGGAAAACCGGUUUACGUGACUCUCAUAGCGCGCCGGUCGAUGAAGUACGCCGGUACACGAUUCUUAAAGCGAGGAGCAAAUUUCGACGGUGAUGUUGGAAACGAAGUUGAGACAGAACAGAUCGCUUGCGACUCCAGCAUUGGCAGCGACACGAUGGGUCACUACACAAGCUUUGUGCAGAUGCGAGGAAGUGUACCAGCACAGUGGGCUCAAGAUUUGAGUAAAAUACAGCCUAAACCUCCAAUAUUUAUAGAAACAGAGGAUCCGUUUGGACUAACUGCUGGGAACCAUUUCAACGAGCUGUUGGUUCGGCAUGGUAGUCCUAUAGUCGUGAUAAACCUCGUCAAGAAGAGGGAGAGAAAGAAGCACGAAUCCUUGCUCAGUGAUGAGUUCACAAAACAGAUCAGUUAUCUGAACCAGUUUCUGCUUGAAAAACACAAGAUUCAAUAUUUCCACUUCGACAUGGCGCGCUGCAACAAGGCCAAGGAGGCGAACGUCAUGGCUAGGCUCAGCAAUAUUGCGUACAAGUGUGUUAAGAAAACUGGAAUUUUUCACAAUAAACCUACUCCGUACUUACACUUAGACCCUACUUGGGAGAGAACUCAUCAAGCUGACCUACUCAACUGUAGUAGGGAAAAGGACGAGAAACUUCCCUACCUACUCAGACAGACAGGAAUAGUCCGGACGAACUGUGUUGACUGUUUGGACAGGACGAACACUGCUCAGUUUGCAGUUGGGAAGGUUGCAUUAGCCUUUCAGCUCCAUGCCCUGGGUGUACUCAAGGAACCCCAGCUAGAGUUUGAUACGGACAGUGUAAGGAUGCUGGAGGAGAUGUACGAGGAUCAAGGAGAUACACUAGCUCUGCAGUACGGAGGAUCAGCACUAGUUCAUAGGAUUAAAUCAUACAGAAAGUUGGCUCCCUGGACUAGCAAGGGAAAUGAUAUAAUGCAGACUAUGCGUAGAUACUACAGUAAUACACUCAGUGAUGCCGAAAAGCAGAACACAAUGAAUGUAUUCCUUGGAAUAUUCCAGCCUGAAAUCGGCCGUCCACCGAUUUGGGAAAAAGAACACAAUUUUGAUUAUUACCUUCAUCAUCAGCCUCCAGUUCGUGUUCCUUCUCCCCUGACACAGUGGUGGAACCCUGAGUUAAUCAACUACCUCCCCUACUCCAUGGAUAUCGGGACGAAGGUCUGCACUGAGCUGACCAAGGCUCAGGACCUACUGGAGAGUUCAGAGGAUUAUUAUCAUUCAUUCGAGCUUACUGUUCUACAGGAUCUUUUCGCAUUUUCUGAGAUAAAUCAUUCAGUUAGAGAUUAUAUGCCUAACUUUACUACAGACUUCAGUCCCUUCAGUGUACGGGUAAGGUUGGGUAAGAAGAGAGAAGAAAUGUCCAGCAGUAAAACCAACUUAUCGAUGAAAAAUCCCAGUGUUGCCGGCAAUAGUACUAGCUCCACCACUAGUACUGAGGAUGAGUCUGAUCAGAGUGGUUCUGAUAGUUCUGAUACAGAUCCAUCAUUUUCAGAACAGAACAGAUCAGCAGGCGAGAAGAUGAACAGAUAUGUGUCUUUCGAGUCAAUGUUUCCAAGUAUGAAAACAGUUUAUGGAGUUGAAAUCACUCCGCCACCCCCAGGAGACAUGUCUUUGUACCGGAGUAACAGUGCUUUAUCUCGAGAUUCUGGACCUAUGCCAGGGAAACGAGUUUCAACCUCAUCUGUUCCUCAUCCUCUAGCCAGACCUAUCAAUAGGCGACGGGGUUGUCCAGUUCCUGUUCAUGAUUACUCUGCCCGUCUUCUGCCUCCUAUAUCGGAGAAAACAAGAUUAAUUUAUGAAAACUAUGUCAAGGUUGGUGAAAUGGGCGCCAGUGAGCCGAGUAGUACCAGUCUCCGAGCAUACGAAGAAUAUGUAAACGCUUUUCAACCCAAGAGAUAACCGUCUUAAACCAUUAUCUGGAUGUAAAUUCAAGUCUUUGUAAUGUUUGUUUUAUUUUCUGAAAACUGUGCUUUCAAAAUUAUACUUUUGUCAAAUUGUUUAUAUAUAUUUUAGACAAGAGCUUGGAAUUUAUGAAUUGGUCGAUCUAAUUUGUAUUGGUUCCAAUGUGUUUCGCUAAUUCCUUUAUCUAUCAUUGCCCAAUUCUCCGAUUCAAUGAGAGAAGAGGACUCCCUUAAACCUUAACAUUUUAGGAGUUGAUCGCGACCAAUAUUAGUUCUAUCUGAUGUCCUUGUCUAGAUGAAAUUGAUACAAAAACUCAUAUAUAUGAGAUUUGGUAUAAGAGUGAGAGUUUUAAAUAUUCAGCAAAUAUGCAACGAAUUUGAAAAUGAAGACAACCCAGAGGAGCCUUAAAAGUAUAGGUACGCUCCUUUUAAAAUGUGAAUGAAAUACUUAUUUAUUUUUAAUAGCUAUAAUUGAUAAUAUUAUUGUUACGUCUGUACCACGUGACCAGAAUUUCCACCAAUUGCAGUGCAGUAUCCGUCAAGUAGCUCGGUCUAUAUCACGUGAGAGGAGUUUUAACCAAUUGCCAUUCAAUAUCUGGUCACAAGGCUCCGUCGACUAGAUUACGUAUAUACGAGUUUUUUAUAACUUUGACACAGUUUUAGUUCAAUUUAUCGAGACGGAAACAUCAGAUGGAACUAAUAUUGGUAGCGAUAAACUCCUAAAAUGUUUAGGCAUAAGUCUGUAAUCCCUUUUAAUUAACCUUAACAGCCCCUUUAAACUGAUGCAAUUUCCUCAUUCAGCUUUAUUGCAAAAAUAAUAAGUGAACAUAGAACGAACUAGAAUUUAUUCUCCAAAUGACUUAUUUUCCAAGAUAUUUUGGGUAAACGCAUUUUGUAAGAUCUGAUAGGUUCUACUUUUAAUGAUU